GCCACGUGACGGGCACUCCACUUCUAGGGUAGUCCUGGUAACACCUUAUCAUUUCCAAAGCGCGGGAAAAUCAUUUCAGAUAACCCUUUGGCGCCAUCUAAACCCUAAACACUUCACUCAUCAGUUCGUAAAAAGAUCGAAACUUUCUUCCAAAAAUCUUCACACCAAAUCCUAUUCGUUAACAAUUAUACCUGAAUCAAGAAAAUCUUUACUUCAAAAAAAUUCAUAAUCAAAUGGAAGGGUUGUCAAUUAUAUGUGCUGGCCUUGGUAUAAUUGAAGAAGAUGACGAUGGAAAUCGAAUUGGCUAUUCCAAAGGAGAAUACUGCUUAGAUAAUCUUAAGGAUUUGUUGAGGUUUCUAAGACGAGAUGACCCUCAAACAAGAGAAGUGUUCAAGCAAGUAUGUAAAUGGAAUAUCGUGGGCAAAGAUUUGAUUCCCAUUAUUGAAUAUUGUCAAGAUGACCGAAAUCUGCUGUUAAAUGCAGUAAAGGUUAUGGUGUUUCUAACGAUGCCUAUUGAGCCUACAUCAAAUGACAUACCGCAACAGAUAGAGCUUCUAUGGGGAAUAAAAUCAUCAAUUACCUUUAGUGAAGCUGUGCCAGUGAUAAUGUCUCUGUUGGAGAGCCCAUUGGAAAAUUUGGCUUGCGAGGCCUUCACAGAAGAUGACUGGAAGAUGGUGCAGCUGGUGCUUACUUUAUUUCGUAAUGUUUUGGCUAUUCAAGACAUAUCAACCCAGCAGAAAUCUGGCGGUUCGAUGAUAGAAUUUGUAUUUCUGAGAGAUAGGUUUCUGGAGCUCUUGUUUCAAGAGAAUGUAAUGGAGGUCAUAUUAGUUCUUUCACAACAAGUUGGUGGCUCUUGUAGCUAUCUUCGUCACGAUAAUUUGCUUUUGUUGGAGACAUUCUAUUAUAUAUUUAUGGGUCAGCUUCCAGAGUUGAUUGCUAAAGCACAUUUCAAGGAUCCAAAGGUGGAUGAAGAUAGUAAUAUUUCAAUCAACUCCCUCAGAGAUAUAAUAGAAGAAGAACGUCAAAAGAGAAAAGUUAUCAGACAACGAAACCUGGGUUGCUAUUCUCAGUUCAGCGGAACUUUUACACGGUUUUCCAUGGAUGGUUCUAAAACUUUAAUUAAGGGAAAUCCUUGUUCUGUUUCUCAUGAUCCCCUGAUGAUUGCUCAUAAGAAGCACCGAGGUCCGGCAAAAAGGACUGUGUGGGACCAAGGAACACUACCAGCAACUAAGAAUAAGAUUCUAAAUUUGCUCUACGAUUUUAUUAACCAGUUCCUAGGAGGGGGGUACAACGUCUUGAUGCAGUCAGUUCGUGAUGACAUUGAAAAAGAACAUCAUGCUAUUCAGAAUAGCGAUAUUGUUAUUUUCUUUCAGGUUGCUCAGUUUGUCACUUCUUUUCAGUACAACAAGUUUUUGAAUCAGCCUAACGAAGAAGUUGAUACCCAAGAACCCAUGGAUUCCAGAGCUGGUAGCACAUUGUUCAGAGGCUGUGUAUGUGGUCCUAUUGCCGAGUCCUUAAAUGAAUCAAUGUUCCAGUUGGUUCUUUUGAGAUGGCGUUAUUCGCUCGAGACCUUGAAGGAGACAAACGACCGCAAGUUUCUCUAUGUGGCAGGAUCUCUAAUGAAAACUAUGCUUCUUAUGCUGGAGUUGGUGCUUAAGCUGUCUCCAGAAGAUUCCAAGGAGCAUCACACAGCCCGAAUUCUUCUUUAUAAGUUAUUCUAUGAUCAAACUGAAGAAGGGAUGACUCAGUUUCUCUUGAACCAGAUCAAAUCGUUUGAUACCCAUAAGCAGUCGAAAAGUUACCUCGCUGAUCUGGUAGAAAUAAUCAAUACAGUUGUAAAGCUGAUGGAGAUCCUCCAAGCACGUGGUUCAUUAAGGAUUUCGAAAAAGUCGAGAAAGAAACGACUCAAAACUGCAGUUACAGAUGACAAGAAGGAAAAUGAUGAUGAAAUGAUUAGAGAUUCAGCUUCCUUUGGGCUAGGUGUUGGUGGCUCUAGUCAUGAUACUGGAUUAGCUCAGAAUGGAGAGGAUGCCAUAGACUCCAAUAAGGUUGAUGAACACACAGGAUGUACAACGGUGAACGAUGAUCAAAUGCUUGAGAGUACUGAUACAACUCACAAUAAUGCUGCAGGCUCUGGAAGUGAAAAGUCAAAUAAUCUUCAUGUAGUUGGAAAGGGAGAAGAAGAUAUAACAAUCCUAGAUCAGGUUAAUCAACCUGUUUCUCUAGAAGCUAAGUCAGGAAGACACCAGAACACUCUGCCAGAGACGCAACAAAAACUUUCUGAUGAUGUUAAUGACGAGCAUGAUCAAGGCGGGGAUUAUUCCUCUGGUGAUGAAAAUGUGUUAACUAAAGAAGAUGAUCUCAAAAUAUCUGCUUUGGUCUCUACUCUUGCAAACAACUCCACCAUUCACAACCUUUGUUGGGUGCUUAAGUAUUACAAAAGUAACUCCAUUAUUACAAAUAAUUCUGUGAUAUGCAUAUUACAGAAAAUAUGCGAUGAUCUCGAACUUUCUCCCAUGCUAUACCAGCUCUCUCUCCUCACCAUAUUCUAUGACAUUCUGGAGGAGCAGAAGUCAAGGCCUUGCAGAGAAUAUGAUAGCAUUGUCUUCUUUUUGACAAACUUAGUUCGGAGAAUGCUGCGCAAAAUGAAGAGUAAUCCCCUACUUUUCAUAGAGGUUCUCUUCUCGAAAUCACGUAGAGAGUGUCAUUAUCUCACUUGUGAUUCCAUGCUAAAAGAGCUAUCUCAAUUUAAGAAAGAUGGUAAAAACAGUUCAGGUGUUUCCAUGACUGGUGAAGUUGGCUCAUCUGAGGCCAAUGGAUGGGUCCGCCGAAGUCUAGCUGAUGCCCUUGGAGAUGAUGAAGCUGAUGUUCCAUUACCUUUUUCAGAGGCUGUCAGAAACAAGGAAGAGGUCACAAAUAGGAGUAACCAAAGUUUGGGAGCGAGAGCGGAAAGCCCGACAUCAAUCUCAAAUGAUGGGAUGAAUGAGAAGCAACAAUUGGGAAAACAGAAGUCUCAGAGGGAACCUAAAAGACGAAAACUACAAGCUCUUAAUGAUGAGUCACGGCAGAAAGCCGAGCAACUCUUUGAGAGGUAUAAAGAUAAUCAAAAUUGUUGUGACCUUAUCGCGGAAGCCCUUGAUCCAGAUGGAAAGAUUUCAUCUCUCCAAGUUUCCAGGGCACUUAAACAGUUAGGAUACAAAAUCCCACGGAAGAAAAAGGCAUUAAAUGCUAGUGCUCUCAACAAACCUAGGAAUGAAGAAAUGCUUCUAGAAAGUGAGAUCAGACUUCAAAAUUCAGAUAUACUAGAAGAGGGUACUUCACAGAGAAGGCAUCUGCACACUAGAAAGAGAGUGCAAGCAUUUAGUCAGGAGCAGGAGCAGAAGAUCAAAGAUUUGUACGAGCAGUUUAAAGAUCACAAGAGGUGCAGCCACAUGAUUGCCAAUGCACUUGAUGCUGAGGGCACUGUAUCUGCAGCUAAGAUUUCACGGAAACUUAAGCAACUUGGCUUGUAUGUCUCCAAAAAGAGAAGGUUAGAAACCAACUUGCAAUUGAUGGAUGAAGCAAGCGAUGCUUCUACAGAAGGUUCAGACAACUCUGAUGAUGAGAUUUUGUUAUCAAUGAGAAGCAAACUUCAGGGGAAAGGAAACACUUCUGAAGGAAGAGAGAACCAGAAAACAAGGAAGAAAUCAUCAAAAGAUGAGUCUGAUGAUGAAUUGCUGACUUCACUAUUGGUAAAAACUAAAAAAGCUGAUCCACAGAGUGAGGAUGGGAAGCUAAUUAUAAAUUUGAUGAAGAUCAGCAGCAAAAUUGACAUUGAAGACAAAGAUAGUAAUGACCCAGAAAGGGGAGAGAUCGAUGAGGCUACUGCAAUGGAGGAUACAGAACUUAAUAAUACUGCCUCAGACGCUGAAGGUGAUGUUGAUGCUGGAAACCUAGCAACUGACUUUAGCAGUGAGCAAGAUGUUCCUCCCGGCAAUCAGGCUGAUCAGCAAUUGCAGGACAAAUUCCAUUCUGAAUUGUCUGAUUUUGAGGAUGAUGAUGCUUCACUUGAAGCCCCUGUUACUACUGUCUCAAGAAGGCGGCUGAGGAUGGUCAUUGAUGUGGAGGAAGAUGAAUAAAUCAAGGGUAAGUCAGCGCAUCUUGAGAACUUGUGGUCGACUGGAAUGUAAAUUUAUGAUUAAAGUAUCUAGGAUAGUUGCUUGUGUAGAUGAAUGUAGAGGGCAGUCACUUUUUACUUAUUUCUAAAGCUGGAUAAGCAACACAAAUUUUCUUAGCAAGUGAUGAAUCAACCUGUAGAAAUAUAAUAGCAGAGUCGAGCUUA